GGCGCGGAGCACGGCGGGGCGAUGUGGCGGUGGCGGUAUGUCAGCAACCGGCAGCUGGACGGCUUCCGCCGGUACAAGUACAGUGCUGUGGAUACAAAUCCUUUAUCUGUGUAUAUUAUGCAGCCCAUCUGGAACAAAAUGAUUAAGAUAGUGCCUUUGUGGAUUGCUCCCAACCUGUUAACAUUCUCUGGAUUUGUCAUGGUUUUAGUUAAUUAUUUUCUAAUCUCUUUAUAUGACUGGGACUACACAGCCUCAGGUACCAGUCCUGGACUUGUCCCCACCUGGGUAUGGCUGUUCAGUGCUUUUGCCACCUUCUGUGCUUAUGCUUUAGACUCCAUCGAUGGGAAACAUGCUCGAAGGACUCAGUCCAGUACUCCUCUGGGAGAAUUAUUUGACCAUGGGCUGGACAGCUGGGCUACCUCCAUUUUUGUGCUUUCAUUUUUUUCUGUCUGCUCCCGAGACAAUGGGAAGAAUGGAGUUUCUGUAUAUACCAUGUAUAUCUAUUUAAGCAUUGUCUUGUUUAACUUCAUGUGUUCACACUGGGAGAAAUACAACACAGGAGUUCUUUUUCUUCCUUGGGGAUAUGAUAUAAGCCAAGUGGUGUUAAUAGCAGCAUAUCUACUCACUGGUGCUGUUGGUGUGGAAGUCUGGCAGAAGCCUUUCCUCUUUGGUUAUUACAUUACAGAUGCAUUAGUAAUCUUGCUUGUAGGCUUCAGUUUGUUUCUUUCACUUCCACAAACACUGUACAACAUUCACAGAGCACAUUUAAAGAAGACACUGAAGAAUGAUUCUUUGUAUGAAGGACUCCUACCUCUUGUGUCACCUCUGCUGCUGUUCCUCCUUCUUACAGUCUGGGUGGUUUUAUCUCCAGGCAACAUAUUAGCGAAGCAGCCGAGACUGUUUUUGUGGAUGGUUGGGGUUGCUUUCUCAAACGUCAUUUGCAAGGUGAUCAUUUGCCAGAUGAGCAGCACCCAGCCCGAGCUUUUCCACUGGUUCCUCUUCCCGCUGGCGCUGGUGGUCUACGCAGCCAUCUCCGGGCUGCUGGGCUGGACAGAAGAAGCAGUGCUCAUCGUGUUCACCGUGCUGCUCACAGCUGCCCACGUGCACUACGGGGUCUGUGUGGGCAGGCAGUUGAGUGAGCACCUGAACAUCUACAUCUUUUCCCUGAAGAAACGUGUCCAGGAGUGAACACCUGCACUGUGAUCAGACUGUAACUCUUGGCAUGGUGAUUCACAACUCUUCUGAAGUGAUCAAAAGUUGGAAUUGAUCUGAUUAGAACAACCAAAGAAUAGAAUAGUUGAUACCUGAACUCUGGCGACAAUGAGCUAUGCAGAAGAUGCUUCAUCUCAGAGGAGGAUUCCUGCCCAGCAGAGAAGUGCUUGCCCAGUUGUUCUGCUGCUAAUAUUUAUUCUCCUCACUAAUGCUA